AUGGCGGCGAACUGUGACGAUAAAGUCACGCGGGUGCUGUUUUGUGGGCCUCAUUUUCCGGCUUCUCACAUUUACACUCGAGAAUAUGUGGCGCAUCUUCCAUAUAUCCAGGUGCUUUAUGUUUCAUGUGAUUCGAGCUCAUAUUUGCUGAGAAAACCAGUGAUAAUUAUUCGGGAAUUCAAUAAGUGAGAUUUAUCAUCAUCUUGAACCGGGAGAUCGUUUGCAUGUGUACCUAAAAAAUGAUUUGGUCCGUUUUUGUGCUCCAUAAAUUUAUGAUAUUUAUCUCGAUUUUAUCUACGAAAUCACGUGUUAUUGAUUCGCUUCAAGAAUUGAUGCUCAUGUUUUCAAUCCUCUUGUCGUCUUCUUGAAUUGAUUAGAACUUCCUCCCUUUCAAGUUUAUUUUGUGUGUACAUUACCAGUUGGUGGAAAAACCUAGGUGAAGCCCUUUCAUUAUUCAUACUCGUGGGUGUGGCUGGAAGCGGAAUAGAUAGCCGUUUUUUUUUUUAAUUUUUUUUUUAACAUGUGAAUAUUCUUCGUUGAAGACUGGUUCACUUCUGCUGGUUUUGGUAUGAAUCCGAAUGAAUCAGCUCAAUGGGUCAAGGUCACAGCCUCAAAUGAAAGAGUCGUGUGAGAGAAAGAAUGUGUCUGGAUUGAAUCAGACUUGUUUCUUAUUUUGCUCCUGGAUUUUUAUUUUUUUUUAAAAGAAACAUUAAUCUGAGUGAUUGUUGUCAUCCCUUGUCCAUAUAGAAUCAGCAUUGCACUUGUGUUCGUUCAAGAAGUCAUUUUUCUCAGUCCAAACUAUGCUGUAAACUUUUCAUUCUCAUUUCUUUGCUUUAUAUCCCGAAGUUAUUUAACUGUAUAGUCUUGAUAGGAGUGGGUUUUUCUGAAAUAUAUUGAACUCAUACAAGUCUGUCUCCUGGUGUUAAUCUCACGGUCAAGAAUCUACUUUUAUUUGUGAUUCCUCCUUUUUAGUCUGAGUUUCUUCCUCGCCAUUAAAAUGGCCAACCGAUUGUAUCUUGAUCGAAAUAUUUUCCAAAAAAUUAUCAUGCCGUUAUUUUUCUGUAACAUGCUGAAAUUUAUGGUAACCAUGGUUGCAAAAUUCUUAUUACGACUUUGUUUCAGCCGCAAAUGAAUUGUAUCUUCCUAAAGGAUAUGUUUUUUUUCUGGUUUUUCCUCUUUCCAUUUUUGUUAAAAGGAUAUGCAAAUUUUACCUUGUUGACUUUCUGUCAUUAUAUUUGUAAGAUUGAUGAUGUACCACUAGAUGAUGUGCCCAACGUUAUCGGCAACUACCACAUCUGCGUGGUGAAAAGUCGACGUAUAGAUUCUGAAGUUAUUGCAGAGGCAAAUCAGAUGAAAAUCAUAAUGCAGUUUGGUGUAGGACUGGAGGGUAAUUCAUUUAUUCUCAGAACUGUUUUUUUAAUUUAUUUAAUAUUUUAUUUUACUUUUUAGUUGACUUGUAAAGCCUUCAUCUAACCGAUUCUCAUUUGCAGGUGUUGAUAUUGACGCUGCCUCGCGGCAUGGAAUCAAAGUUGCGAGAAUCCCUGGGAACAUGACUGGAAACUCUGUAUCAUGUGCGGAAAUGGCAAUAUAUCUGAUGUUGGGUCUUCUUCGGAAGCAGGUGGGAUAAUAUCCUGUUCUUAUAUUCUGGUAUGUGUAAAUAUUUUCUUGAGUGAGCUUGUUUUCGACGCAUGACGAUUAUUCUUCCAUAUAUCUUGGAACUUUAUGAAUUAGGCUGUGUUAAGAUUACUUAAUUUAUCAUUGUAGUAGAUGGUCAUUUAACUCUGUUAUGACUCCAGUGAAAUGUUUACUCUAUUUUUCUUGCUAACUAGUUCAGAUUGCGGCGUUUUUUUUUCUGUGAGCCGUGAUGAUGUCCAUGACGUUUUCCCACAGAAAGAGAUGGAAGCUGCUGUACGGAACAAAAUUUUGGGAUUACCAGUGGGAGAGACACUCUUUGGGAAAACGGUAAGCCGUUAGUUUCACCAUUGCUUUCUAUAAGCUUUUGUGCUAGAAUUACAAGCUAGGAGAACACUGACUUUUUAAAAGGGGCCCCAGACCUUUGAAGAGGGAUAUCGUUUGAGUCCGACAGAGGAAUGUGUCUAAUCUUUUAAAUUUUUUCUCAUUAUUUUGCAUUGAUUAGAUAUAUUUAAGUAUAUGCUAUACACAUAUAAGAAGGAAGGGGAGAGAGAGAGAGAGAGAGAGAGAGAGAGAGAGAGAGAGAGAGAGAGGAACCCAUUGGGGAACUAAGUGUCUACUUCACAUAAUUGUUAGUUAACAAAUAACGCAGAGGAUUCUUUCAUCGACAGGUAUUUAUUCUUGGACUUGGGGCCAUUGGGGUUGAUCUCGCGAAGCGUUUGCGCCAUUUUGGUGUUAAAGUCAUUGCCACAAAAAGGAGAUGGACUGCUGCAGGGUACUCACAGCUAAAUGGUAGGUACAUGAGGGCUUUGUACUCCUUUCUACGUACAAAUGGAGGACAGACUAAAUCUCAAUGCCCAUCAAUUCGAUUUCUUGGUCUCCUACAUCCUCUGUAUCAGGCUACAAAGACGAUGAGAGCGAUGGUCUGGACGAUGAGAUCGACGGCCUGGUUGAUGAGAAGGGUGGCCCUGAUGAGCGUUAUGGUUUUGCUUCCAAGGCUGACAUAGUCGUCACCUGCUUGGGUUUGAAUGCAAACACGGUCGCUCUCAUCUCUCUGCAUUCUAUUUUGUUUCUCUUCUUUGUUUCCCAAGUGAAACUCUUUGUUUGCACAUUUUUCAGGCUGGCAUUGUGGACUCCAAGUUCAUCUCUUCCAUGAAGAAGGUACUUUACCAUGAUUAAUAUGGAGCAUUUACCAUAGUCUCUAUCAUUUUUGGCUCAUUUCAGAUGAAAUGGGCCGUAUCAUCCAGCAUCUAAAAAUGGAAACGUUGGAGAAUUCCACAGCAACCACAUUUUUUGACGAAAAACUGCUAGUCAGAAGCAUCUUGUGCUUCAUAUAGGUCAGAGGAUGUAGGAGACCAGAAUUAACACCGUUUGUAUGACAAGCAGCUCACUGAUUGGUAGAACCCAUUUCAUGUGGAUAUCUAUUGAUUCUCUUUUCUUUUUUCCUUGGCGAAUCAUCCCUUUGGAGAAGACCCAGAGAGAGAAAGUACCCUAUAACUUAUCUAGGUCAGAUUAUACCAAGAAAAUGCUUUCCAUUCUUUCCAUAGUUUUCUUGGCAUCAUCAUGGAUCUUAGUUCUGGUGCAGAGUCCUAAUUAGUUUCCCUCUACUUGGUCAAAGGGUGCCCUUCUGGUGAAUGUCGCCAGAGGAGGCCUUCUGGACUACAAAUCUGUGGUUGCAAACCUGGAAUCGGGUCACUUGGGUGGCCUGGGCAUUGAUGUUGCUUGGUUCGAGCCAUUUGAUCCUGAUGAUCCGGUUCUGAAGUUCCCCAAUGUCCUCAUCACCCCCCAUGUCGCAGGAGUCACUGAAUAUUCCUACAGAACCAUGGCUAAGGUAUCCUCCAAGAACAAUCUUCCCAUUUUUCUCUCUUCCUCUCCCUCUUUCUCUCUCUAUAACUAUAUGUAUUUAUAUUCACCUCUAUAUCUGUCAAACCGCAGGUUGUGGGGGAUCUGGCUAUUCAGCUGCACACUGGGGCUCAGCUGACCGGAGUGGAGUUUGUGAACUAG